GCAGGCCCAGGCCGCACCCAUCGGCGAGCCGGCGCCGCAAACUCUGUUUUCCGUCGGCGAGCGACGCGGCGGCGACUCCGUACGGUCGCCCGCCGGUGCAAGCCCAGGCAGCUUCCCCGCCGCGGCCGCCCGCUGGUGCAAGCUCAGGUCCGCUUCCCCCGCGCGGCGUAGCGUGUGAAGCAGAAGCAGCGGCGACUCCGUGCGGCCGCCGGUGCAAGCUCAGGUCUGCUUCCCCGCGCAGAAACGUCGGAGCGGGCGGCGCAGCGGCGGCUCCGCGGAGUGCCUGACCAGGCUCGUCAUGUCGUGCUUCACCGGCGUCUCUAUCAUCGACGGCGAGCAGUGCUGUUACGAGGCGUCGGCCGUGGUGGACGCCGGCGGCGCGGACAGCGGGUACCACUUGCUCGUGGUCCGUGGAUACUCGCGCACCAAACAAGAGUUGUCCGCCGGCGAGAGCAUCACCUCCGAUGCUUUCACCGUAGGAGGCCAUUGCUGGUACAUCGAGUACUACCCCAAGGGCGAAAACCCAGACUGCGGCGACUUCAUUUCUCUCUAUGUCACCAAUUACGACGACAGUCUCAAAGAGCCCCUGGAGACCAAGUUUUGUUUCAGCUUCGUUGACGAGGUUGAGAAGCAGACGCCAAUGUACAUUCGUGUGGCUGGUAAGACUUGCCGAUUCACCGACGGCCGUUGUUCCUGGGGCACCGACAAGUUUGUGAGAAGAGAUGCCCUUGAACGAUCAUCGGACCUAAAGGGUGAUUGCUUCACCAUCCGGUGUGAUGUCAUGGUCAUUCGCAAGGAUCCCAAAGCCGAGGAUGCCGGUGGUCAUGACACCAAGGUGCUCCUGUCUGACAUAGACCAGCAUUUUAACAUUCUCCUCCAAACCAAGGUGGGUGCUGAUGUGACAUUCAAGGUCAGCGGCGAGACCUUCGUCGCACACCGCUGUGUGCUCGCUGCCCGAUCCAUGGUGUUCAUGGCACAACUAUUUGGCCCCAUGAAGGAGACAUCCGCCGUCAUACAGAUCAAAGACAUGGAAGCAAAAGUGUUCAAGGCACUGCUUAGCUUUAUCUACACAGACUCAUUCCCUGUGAUGGAGAAGGACAGCAUGGAGGAGGAUGCAAUGGUGGAAGUUAUGGAAGAUGGGCAAGAAAAGGAGGCAGUGGAGGAUGAAAUGUUGCUGCAAUGGCUUCAAGACUUGUUGGUAGCGGCUGACAGAUAUGAUGUCCAGCGGCUCAAGUGCAUCUGUGAGAAGCAGUUGUCUGAGAACAUAGGUGUGAGCACGGUGAUGUCCGCUCUUGCUCUAGCCGAGCAGCACCACCGCCAGGGAUUAAAGGAGGCGUGCUUGAAGUUUAUCCAAGUCCAGUCCCCCUCGUGCUUGCAAACAGUAAUGGCAACUAAUGGUUGGGAUCAUGUAGUUUCGACCUAUCCCUCAGUUCUGAAGGAGCUCUUUCUCAAGUUUGCUUCGAACCAGCGAAAGUAACACCCUGCAUACGGUACGCUAUGCAUGUUCCUUAGUUAGACCUGAAUUGACACUCUUUUGCAUAUGUGGGAUCCUCUAGAGAGAUGGUAAUCUGUGUGUAUUGUGUUUGUCUCAUCAUGUAUAUAAUUUGCCCAUGUGCUGAAUCAGGGAAAUCCAAAAAUAUGGCAACAUGGAAUGGAUGGUCUGUAGGAGUAAGUGUCAAAUUGAUCGGCAUAUUAGUAAUGUGCAAGCUUCCUAGCUAGUCAUUUUAUCCUUAGUUGUCUGCAUUAGUUGUCUCAUAUACUGUUGCUUCGUGCCUUCCCUGUCAUGUAUAACCCUUGGUUAUCAAAAAGAACAAUGUAGAUAUUUUGGAAAGGCAUUUUAUGAACCUGGAUUUAGGGGAAACAAUUUUUUUCUGAUUAUAAUGACAGCGUCAGUGUGAAACCUUGGUCGAGUACCCAGGAACCUUCUCCUGGGUGCUUGAUGUUCUCCUUGUGUGGCACUUCCCAUGGGAGAUGAAUGUGGGAGCUUGAAAUGUUUUUGCAAAGUCCAAUGCUUUAAUUGUGCUCUGUACCUGAAAAUAUUACUUUCAUCCUGGUAUAUUUUGGAGCACAGAUGGUUGCUGUCAAUUUAGGAAAGCUUGGGAAAUCUUGAGUGCACAGACAGGGUCACAGGGGCUAUACUUUUUCUUUAUAUAACAAAUAGCUUUUGGCCAACCUACUUGGAGCUAUGCUGGUGUUGAUGCCCUUGAAAAGCCAAAAAAUUAAAAUGCCUGUACAACGUAUGCAAGGAAACUGGCUGAUUGGAUCAAUCAAUGGGAGGUAUCUUCGAGAAAAUAUGAAUCAUUCGCCCUUUUUAGGACAUGAUGAAUGGGCAAGCAGGGAAUGUAAUUUUUGUUCCUAUUUAUUACUACUGGUGUGAGCUAUUACCUAGAGCAUUGCUUGACCACAAAAGUUCACAUUGGAGAUCAACUACCAACCAGGCUUGUAGUGCUAACAGCUAAGCAAUCAGAAUAACCAUUUUUUUUUAAUUGUAUUUAUUACAUCUCCCGACUUGCCACCAUUGGCUCCAUUGAUACAUUUUCCAGUUGUUGUUUUAUCCAAAUUUUGUGUUUCUUGCAAUUUCCAAGUAUCUUGAUGCAGAUAUGUGCACCUACCUACUUGUUUCCAAUGGGAUGGGUCCAGAUUUUCAACAUAUGAAUCAUCACUCUUAUCUGUUUGUAUGUUCCGUCAGGCUUGGCAGACAAACAUAUACUCCCUCCGUUCCAGAAUAGAUGACUCAACUUUGUACUAACUUUAGUACAAACUUGGGUCAUCCAUUUUGGAACGGAGGGAGUACGAGUUGGUGUCCGUUGCAUCUUAAUUUCUUUGCGUCUUUGUGUUGUUACCCACACACCUGAUCAUUUGAACUGACAUUUGCUACCCAUGCUAAUGCUUUUUGUGUCUCUGUUCAAAAUCAGUGGCAGCACCCUGCUGCUGCAAAUUGCACCUUGAGCCUUCAUCAGCAAGUGUGGCAGUGCCAGACAGGUAAGCAUGCUUGGUUUGUAUAGCCAUUUGUUUUAGCAGUUCCGAGGCGGUGGACUGCGCCCUGAGGCACCUUUCGCAUGGCUAUUAAUUUUGGGAGCAUGUACCUGGUCAUGCUGUUGGUUGUAUCUCCUCUCCUGAUCUGGGUGAAGAAUGGCGGCGGUGCUUGAACUACGUGUAUGGAUUGCACUGAGGAGGAUCUGCGAAUACAUGGCCUAUUGGCCUGACCAUCCAAACUGAAGAGUUGUAGAUGCAAGCAAGAAGAUAUCUUUGCUUGUCUAGUGUAGAAAUUGUUAACACGUGAUAGAAAGAGACCACGAAAUUGCUGGAGCUGCCUGUUACUGUUUAUUUAUUUGCGGUGAAAUAGAAACGCAACUACAUCACUGCUCAUUGUUUUUAUCUGAAUACUGAAUAUUAGUACCUUUAAAGAUAUUGUUCAUCAGGGUAUGAAGAAUUACGGGAUAUACUAUGUUUUGACCAGCUAA